CAACCAGCAGAGCAGCCUGCUGUGCCUGCACCGACUCCGACAGUAACUGCAGCGCAAAUUCUAGCUCAGGUUGCGAAAGAACAGUACGAGAAUGCCACACCUGCUCUACUCCGUAACGAAAUUCGCCUAGAUUUUAACCGUGCUCCCCCCAAAGGCGC